CCUCUUCUCCAGCCAUCGAGGAAACUUCAAAGCUCACUUCCCAAUUCACAACCGUCGGAUUUAUGCUCACAAAUCGAGUGAUGCUGUGAGGGAGGAAGCAGCGUAACUUUCUGCGGGUGCACCUCGAGACGUUAGCGGGAAGAUGAGCUCCAGUUCGUAGCCAACGGUAUUUCACAAGAACUUCUCCGUUCUUCUUUUAGUUGAAGUGUGCCUAUAAAUCCAAUCAUGGCUCGCGGCUGCAUCUGCUGUGUGAAAUACAUGCUCUUCCUCUUCAACCUGCUCUUCUGGCUGGGUGGGUGUGGAUUGCUGGGUGUCGGCGUGUGGCUGUCGGUUUCACAGGGCAGCUUCGCCACCCUGUCGCCCUCCUUCCCGUCGCUCUCCGCCGCCAACCUCAUCAUCACCCUUGGCACCGUUGUCAUGGUGACAGGUUUCCUGGGUUGCCUGGGUGCCAUCAAGGAGAACAAGUGCCUACUGCUGAGUUUCUUCAUUGUUCUGUUGAUCAUCCUCUUGGCCGAACUUAUCCUCCUCAUCCUGUUUUUUGUCUACACUGACAAGGUGAGUGAAAAUGCCAGACGGGACCUGAAAGAGGGGUUGGUGCUGUACAACACAGAUAACAACGCUGGCCUGAGGGAUGCAUGGAACACCAUACAGGGAGAGUGGAGGUGUUGUGGAGUGAUUAGCCACACUGACUGGUACACUGCCCUACACGAUAACGUGGUUCCUGACCGCUGCUGCCAGCAGAUGUUCCCAGGCUGUGGGCACAAUGCAUCCAAUGCCUUCUGGACACGGGGUUGCUAUGACAAGGUUGAGGAGUGGCUGGAUGACAACAAACACCUUCUGGGAACCAUUGCUAUGUGUGUGUUGGUCAUACAGCUCCUUGGUAUGGCAUUCUCUAUGACGCUUUACCAACAGAUCCAUCGAGCAGGGAAGAAGUAUGAAGCCUGAAGCGAUAGACGAGGUCAUUUCAGUUUAAUAUUGGAUACAUAUAUCACCUCUGUCAUGCCUGUUACCCUCACCUUUUGUUUAUAGUCAACAUAAGCCAGUUAUCUUGUGUGCCACUGCAGCUUUUUAUCUCUCUUCAUUUGUUCAGCAGUUAUUUUUGUGAAUAGUAUUGGAAUUAGUUUUUGUUACAGUCAGAUUUUUUAAUCACGCUAGAAUGAGUGUUUUUAUGUAAAAUAUCCAAGUAUACCUUGUUGCAGCCUGCAGAACAAGGCAGGGUUCAGCAUUAAACAUUUCACCUCACCCACCAUGGUUUGAUUGGUUUAGCGUAAAUUGUGAUUGGAUGCUAGCUGUGAGCAUUCAGUGUCAGAUCAGCAGUUGGUGAGUACAAAAAAACCCCAAAAAAACCAAGUGUCAUUACAUAUUUUUGUUAUAUUACACUCAUAGACUAAUAUAGAGCUUAAUGUAGGCAAUUAUCUUCCUUUUUCACUGGUUUACUUCGCACAUUAGCUAGCCAGGAUGCAUGAUGCUUGACCAUUUGUGGCUAGCACCCCAGCUAACUAGGCUAUUAUCUACAUUUUAACCAGUUUACUUCACACAUUAGCUAGCUUGAGUGCUAGCUAUUUAUAAAUUAGCUAGGAACUCAACAAGCUACUGUGUGGACUAACCCAGUGAAAAAGAUAAUAGCUUGUAUUCUGCUCUACAUUAGCAUGUGUUUACUUACUUAUUUAGUUCACACAUUAGCUAGCUGGGCUGUUAAGAUGCUAGACCAUUAAUAACUAGCACCCCAGCUAGCUAAUGUGUGAACUAAACAAGUAAGUAGACUUAGGCUAAUGUAGAGCUGAAUAUAGACCCUAAUCUACAUUGUAACUGCCUUACUUCACACGUUUAGAAAGGAAGAAUAAUAUCUUAUAAAGAGCUCUACAUUAGCCUAAGUUUAAAAGCAGAAUCAAAUUUGAGUGGGGUUAAACAUCAAUUGUUUCUAAUCUAAUCUAAUUUGAGUGUCAUACUGGGCUAUUAUCUACAUUUUCAACUUGCCUACUUCACAUAUUAGCUAGCUGGGUUGCUCGAUGGCACCCCAGGUAGCUAAUGUGUGAAGUUGGUAAGUAAUUUGACUAUGACAAAAGAUUGUAAGAAAAAUACAAUGUGACACUUUCUUGUAAACAAGGGUCUGGGGUAGGGGGAAGUAAAUGUUGAAUGUUGAAUCCUUGUCCCAUUGUGCAGGCUGCAGCCAGGUACUCAUCAAAAUAUCUUCUUGAGAGGAAGAAUGAAGAGAAUACUUUUUGUUUUUUAAGUGAUGCCUGUGGAAUAAUAUAAUGUAAAGAUCCAUUUAGACAAAACAAACAUUGUAUACUAACAUGUUGAAUAAAAGCAUAGAGCACUCUUCA